CGUUUCUCGAUAAGAACUUCAUGAAGUCAUGGUCAUGAAAAGUACAUGAUCGCUGCCCAAAUUCCCUCUUUUUCAUUUUUAUGUCGCAAUCCGCCACCAGCUCAUUCUUUGCCGUCAAUUGCUCGGUUGGUGGCGUAGAAGUAGAGGGGUCGACGUCGAGAUCUGCACCUACAAUCAGACCCCCGUCUUGUACAUCCUCAUAGAAGGAACUCGGCCUCAAUUUGGAUUUCCUUAAUUCUUGAAAAUAUCUUCACAUUGCUGAAAGAAUAAGCAUUGGAUAUUCACGAAAUGGCACCCCCUGGUCUCCUCAAUUCCUUCCUAGCAGCCAUUCAGGCCAGCUUAUCCGUCCUCCUGGUCAUCUCUUAUGGUGCCAUUGCCGCCCGUUUCAAGCUUCUCGAUAGCUCCUCGACCAAGUCCAUCUCGAAAAUAUGCGUCAAGAUGUUUCUCCCGGCACUUUUGCUCACCAAAAUUGGUUCGGAAUUACACGUCGAAUCAGCACAUCGAUAUGUCAUCAUUCUUAUCUGGGCUUUCGCUUGUCACCUACUAUCCUUCAUCAUUGGCGUGGCAGCUCAUUAUCUUCUCGGAAUGCCCGACUGGAUUACAGCUGCUAUCAUGUUCAACAAUACGACUUCUUAUCCUUUGCUCUUGAUUCAAUCAUUGAAUGAAACGGGUAUUUUGAGCCACCUAAUAGUCACCGAUGAAACGACCCGAGAAGCAAUCGAGAGAGCGAAGAGUUAUUUCCUGGUUUUCGCCACCGUAUCAAGCUGUCUUACGUUCGCUGUAGGACCACGUCUCAUCGAUACUGAACAUGCUCCCGAUCCUCUAGACAAGGAAGAUGACGAGGAAAUUGAGGGAGAUUUUCACACUGACGAUAGAUGGACCAGCGGAAAUCGAUACUCAAGUAUUUCAAGCGAUUGUGCUAUCUCGCCUACCGAUCGAACUCAUCUAAUUGAAUCUGGGGGACGUCAGCGCCGUCUUUCCGUGGCAUCAGUAGCGUUCUUUCCAUCCCGUUCAGCUGUUGGCGGAUCAGAAGCCUUCGAAUCCGUUGAUGAUAGAGCGCUCCAUUACGAGCGUCGACCAUCACUCAUUCCCAAGAGGAAGUGGUAUGAAAUGAGCGAUAGAAUGAGAUGGUGGUUGCUAUUUUUUUACGACUUCCUGAAUGCUCCUCUUCUCGGUGCCAUUCUGGGUGCUAUCAUUGGUCUCGUACCUGCGCUCCAUACUGCUUUCUUCAGUGAAAUGAUCGAGGGAGGGAUUUUUUCGGCUUGGCUGACUGCCUCGCUUAAGAAUAUUGGAAGUUUAUUUGUCCCUCUGCCAGUAGUGGUUGCUGGUAUCUCGCUUUACACGUCUAUGCAGCGAGUCAGGAAUGAUUCCCAUCCUGCUGCUACGCCCUGGUUGACGACGAUAUUUGUACUUUUCAUUAGGUUUUUGCUUUGGCCUGUGAUUUCUAUUUCUAUCAUAUAUCUCUUGGCCAAGGAGACGGAUUUGCUGGGGGAUGAUCCUAUGCUUUGGUUUGUAAGUUCUUCCAAGGACGCGGCGAUUUCAUCCCAACCACUAUUUGAACAGAAUGACUAAUUAGCGGAUAGAGUUUGAUGUUAAUGCCCACUGGAGCUCCGGCAAUGAAACUUAUUACAAUGGUUGAAGUUUCUGGUGCUGGCGAAGAGGAUGAACAUAAAAUUGCGAAGCUUCUGACUGUAAGUCAAUACCAGCCCUCCUUUCUACGCCAUUCGGAAGCUAGAAUGCCACUGAUUAACCUGACAGGUAUCGUAUAUCAUCUCUCCUAUCUUGGCAUUUACUGUUGUAGGAAGCUUAAGAGCGAGCCAGAGUGCCAUUUGAUUUAUUCGCUGUAUCUAAUAUAUUUUGACGAGCAUACAUCUCACAAUUACAGUCUCUCGAAAACUGGCAUGUAAUCAAGGGGACAGUCAACCUCGACAGUCUGACCGCCCUCAUGAUCAUUUCCUCCCUGUUUCCAUUUCGCCCCCUUGGGCAAGUAAGCUGUAAUCUUUCUUUGCUUCGGAGCCAAGAUUGGCACAACAAGGU